AUAUUGAAGAAGAAACUGAAUUAUUAAUUGGUAAGAUUGAGUUAUCGAAGUUUGAGGUAAACUCUGAAAUUAUUAAUGAAGUAGAUGGAAGAAGACUAGAAAUACUUGAUUUAAAGUUUAUUCAAGAGGGAAGAGUUGUCAUGAACAUUGAAGAUGCUUGGAAAAUAAUAGACCUCAUUAUAUUUGCCAAAAGUGUUACCAGAAAAUGGUGGUCACGUGUAUAUUCAGAAGAAGCUUUAAAAAAAAUAGGCAACCAGAUCAUUGAUGUUGCAAAUUCAGGUGAUUCUACUGCAAAAAAAUGUCUUUUAUCAAACUUAACGUAUUUUUUAACAGCUGAUUGA